CUUGUCGCGACUACCGUGACUACCUUGCCUUGUCUUCAACCUUGAGACCUGUGCGCCAAGAAGUCCACUUCAACCUCCGCCGUUCCUUGUCAAACAUCAACCUUGGCUACUUUGGCGCAUCGUGCUUGACUGGCGCCCAGUACCUCGCAUCAGAAACAUGCGCUCUUCUUCGUCCCAUACCAGGCCCCGUCCGACCCUAUGGCCGGCCCCGGCACACGACCGGUAUCGUUCGCCCUUUGGCCAGAUGCCCAGAAUCCCCCUGUCCGAGUGCCCAUCCCGUCCUCCACCGUUAUCGUUUUAGAUCGCGACUCCCACGAUGCGCCGCAUGGGUGUUUGCCUGUCAUUCGGCUACCCAUCCUGCGUCGAUCACGACCCUCGUCCACGGGUUGAGCAGACAGAAGGGAAAGCAUGAGUCUAGAUGCGUGUAGGGAUAUCCAGGCUAUGGAAGGCGGCAGACAUGGCCCAUGGGUGACAGACAGACGUGAUAUUAAACCAGCCCGGCCUCUCAUCCCGAAAUGGCUUUGUGGUCUUCACCUCACCUCACCUCCUCAUCCACCAAACGCCCUCUUCCCUCGGGAUUCGCAAAAGAACGCGGAAACAAUCGCAUUGUUUCCCUUCUUCCCUUGAGGCCCAUUCUUCAGACCACCCUAAUUUCCGUGGAUUUCAUUGUACGCGCUUGAGGCAGGCAGGCACCUUCCUUUAUUCGUUUUAUUGUUCCUUCCUCCCGGACCGAGUCGACUGUUCGAUCCUUCCUCGUCUUUCAACAACCUCGCAGCUUACAACGCCGCCCCACUUUACCCGAGAUAUCAAUCUUUGACCUCGACCAUCGUCGCAUGUAGCACGACAAGGCCUUGUUAUUCUUCUUCUUCUUUCGCCUUCUAUUCUUGACUCAGCUGGUAUCUGACUGCGCCGGACGUCCUUAAUUGUGAAUACAACUUUACGUGUGUAAACAAACAAACUUCUUGGUCUCGUUCAGUCCUGCCACUCUAGUCAACAACCGGAUUCACCGAGAAACCAAGAACCCACGUACAUAAAAACAACCUCGAGGCGGCCCAGCCAUCGAUCUCAAACUUUCACAUCACACACACUCACACUCACACUCACAUCAAUCAUAACAUUACAACUUCGACUCUUCUGGAAGACUCGAAAACUCUGCGCUCCUUCCUGCCAAAAGAUAUCUCAGCCCGCCCCACCUGGUUUGUCCCGUCCUUCUUCCAGCUCAUACAUACGCAAACCCUAACUCAUCUUUUUCACCCAGACACGCACUCAAUCCUUUUUUGAUUUCAUCAAAUUCUUUACUACUCUUUACUUUCCUCACUUUCCCUUUGGAAUCGCUCACGAGUCCACCAAACUCUUCCCUACUUUUGCGCUCAGCGAGUAUCAAAAGCUUCAUCACUUGAAUAUCCCAUUCACAAGAAUAUCCACUCCUUUCUCUUCACAAUCAUAUCCCAAGAAUUCACCAUGGUUCGCGUCAACUCCUUCGCCAUGGCUGUCGCCGCCAUCAUCGGUGUCCCUAUGGUCGAGUCUCACACCUGGGUCGAGCAGCUCAACCGCGUCGCUGCCAACGGUACUCUUGUUGGUCCUGAUGGGUUUUCCAAUGGCUGGGCUGGUCGUCUCAACGGCUUCGAUGACGAGCGAUACACUAUGCGCAUUCCCGGAAAGGGCUUCAAUCUCUGCGAGAAGUCCAUGCCCGGCGCCCAGCCUGCAGAGUUCCCGUCCUUGACUGCUGCUCCUGGCGACUUCGUUUCUCUCCGCUACCAGGAGAACGGCCAUGUCACUAAGCCGACCACCCCCGAGAACAAGCCCCUCAACCGCGGCACUGUCUUCAUCUACGGCACCGCCCAGCCCAAGUCUAACCCAAGCGUCUUCGACAUUCACCGCCAGUGGACUGCUGACGGCAAGGGUGGCGAUGGCACUGGUCGCCUCCUGGCAACCCGCAACUACGACGACGGCCAGUGUUACCAGGUCAACGAUUCGCCCAUCUCACAGGAGCGUCAGAACGCCUCUGCGCAUGAAGCCCUUCAACCCAUGGGCGUCAACAUUUGGUGCCAGACGGCCUUCCAGCUCCCUGAGGAUCUGGCCCAGAACUCAGAGUACUCCGUCUACUGGGUCUGGACGUGGCCUACUCUCAAGCCGGGUGUCGUCGCUGACUCCACGAACGGCCAGUUUGCCGACUUCCCUGUCGGCUUCACGGACGACAAGCGCGCUGCCACCUCUGAGGAUAUCGAGACGCCUGAGCUCUACUCUAGCUGCUCUGUUAUCAAGGUCCAGGGUGAGAAGCUUGUGCCUGGUGCCAAGGCUUCCUCAAACUCCAACAAGGCUGCCAACGAUCUGUCUGCGUUCACGUUCCCCGACGAGACGGAUUACAACUUCAACGCUAUCAAGGACCAGCUCGCCAACCCCUUCCAGGUCAGCGUCGACGGCCAGGCUGCCCCUGUCAACUCGGCCCCCAGCAAUGGUACUCACAGCAGCACUCCGGUCACUACUCGCACUCCGACUCCCACCGUUCCUUCUGGAGUCGCCCAGGGCACCAAUAAGGCUCGGGUUCUCACUGUCUCUGCUCCUGCUAUGACUCUGUACUCGUUCCUCACUGUCACCCUCAAUGCCCAGACUCCCGCUCCGACUCCCACCAGUGGUCAACAGUCUGCUGAGGCCAGCGUCACCCCCUUCCUCCACGGCCGUCAUGUCAGAGGUAGAGACUCUUGGAACUUCGGCCAGGGCAACUAAGCUGUUGGGGGUCCACGUCGCGCAAGCAUUCUGAGGGACACACAUCGUCUACUGGGCCAUGCGCAACAUGAUUCGACUUUUUCUGGUUCAACAAUUUCUUUCUUUCUUUUCUUUCAGUGCUAUUCUUCAACAAUACCCAGCAUUCCCAUACCACUCUCUUGGAGUUUGGGCUCUCUUUUCGGUAUCGCCAAAGUCAUACAGUACAUACAUUCGGUUACAGGCAUCACGUUCUCUUCAACUUCCCGGCAUCAACGGCAACGGGAAUUGGACAAAGGGUCAUGAACAGGAGUAUCACGGUCGACAUUUCGGAUUUCUGAGCAUUACCCCAGGUGGACAGGACGGGGCAGGGCUUUUUUCUUUCUUUCUUUCUUGAUGACCCAGGC